AUUUGCAGAAGAUUCCUUUUCCCAUCCCUCCUUAUAUUCUUCCUAUUCCUUCCACAUCUCUUCUUGCUUCAUUUCACUAUAUAGUACCCAGCGUAACGCAUGUAACAGUACACACAAAACAAAACGAUGACAAGCCACGCUGAAAACGAAGCCUUGCCUGUCACCGUGAAGUUCACCAAACUCUUCAUCAAUGGAGAUUUCGUUGAUUCAGUUUCAGGAAGAACAUUUGAGACAAUAGAUCCAAGAACAGGAGAUGUUAUAGCGAGCAUUAGUGAGGGAACCAAAGAAGACAUUGAUAUUGCAGUGAAGGCCGCACGUCAAGCAUUUGACUCAGGUCCAUGGCCACGCUUGCCCGGUGCUGAGAGAGCAAAAAUUAUGAUGAAACUCGCAGACUUAAUUGAUGAAAACACAGAAGAACUAGCAGCAUUGGAUGCCAUUGAUGCCGGCAAGUUGUACCACAUGUGCAAGGCUAUGGACAUUCCUGGAGCAGCAAAAACUUUGCGUUACUUUGCCGGUGCUGCCGAUAAAAUUCACGGCGAGGUAUUAAAAGCGUCACGGGAGCUUCAUGCUUACACACUGAUGGAACCGGUUGGUGUUGUAGGCCACAUCAUUCCCUGGAAUUUCCCAGCCUCCUUCUUCUUCACCAAGGUUAGCCCUGCCUUAGCUGCAGGGUGCACCAUGGUCCUCAAGCCUGCAGAGCAAACACCACUCUCUGCUUUGUUCUGUGCUCAUCUUGCUAAAUUGGCUGGAAUCCCAGAUGGAGUGCUCAAUGUAGUACCUGGAUUUGGCUCAACUGCUGGUGCUGCAGUGAGCUCACACAUGGAUAUUGAUGCGGUCAGCUUUACUGGUUCAACACAAACAGGGCGUGAGGUAAUGAAGGCAGCAGCUAGCAGUAACUUGAAACGAGUUUCGCUGGAAUUAGGAGGCAAAUCACCCCUCAUAAUUUUCAAUGAUGCUGAUAUAGACAAAGCUGCUGAACUUGCUCUAUACGGCAUCCUAUUAAAUAAGGGUGAAGUUUGUGUUGCAAGUUCCCGUGUGUUCGUUCAAGAAGGGAUCUAUGAUGAAUUUGAGAAGAAAUUGGUGGAGAAGGCAAAAGCUUGGGUCGUUGGGGACCCUUUUGAUCCUAAAGUUCAACAAGGGCCUCAGGUUGACAAGAAACAAUUUGAAAAAAUUCUUUCAUAUAUUGAGCAUGGAAAGAGAGAAGGAGCUACCCUUUUGACUGGGGGUAAAUCAGUGGGUAACAAAGGCUACUACAUUGAACCAACCAUUUUCUCCAAUGUAAAGGAGGAUAUGCUUAUAGUACAGGAUGAAAUAUUUGGCCCUGUGAUGGCACUGAAGAAGUUUAAGACUGUUGAGGAAGCAAUUAAGAGUGCUAACAAUACCAGAUAUGGUUUAGCAGCUGGCAUUAUGACCAAGAACUUGGAUAUAGCAAACACAGUGUCAAGGUCCAUUCGUGCAGGCAGUGUUUGGAUCAACUGUUAUUUUGCCAUUGACAAUGAUAUUCCUUUCGGAGGGUAUAAGGCGAGUGGGUUUGGAAAAGAUUAUGGAUUGGAAGCCAUUCACAAAUACUUACAAGUUAAAUCUGUUGUAACUCCCAUUUACAAUUCUCCUUGGCUUUGAGAAUCUCAUUCGUGGAUGUGGAAAGGGACUGGACUGAUAUGGGCGGACCGAAUCACUUUACUUUGGGCUUAUCAUUAUCGUGUAACAAAUGGGCCGGGCAACCCAUGGUCCAGCCGGGCCAAAACCCAAGCUAUAAAUAAAAGAGGACCGCCCAAGCGGUGGGGAUCUUAUCAUUUCACGCA